GGGAGCGGAGCCAGGGGCCAUGGCAGCGCCCGCGGACCCAAGGCGGCUGUGCCGGCUGGUGCAGGAAGGCCGGCUGUGUGCCCUGCGGGAGGAGCUGCGGGCUGCGGGGCGCGCCGGCUGCGCCGGGCCGGCCAGGGACACCCUCUUGCAUUGCGCCGCGCGCCACGGCCGCCGGGAAAUCCUGGCCUAUCUGGUCGAGGCCUGGGACCUGGACAUCGAGGCCGCCAACCGAGACUACAAGCGGCCUCUGCACGAGGCUGCCUCCAUGGGCCACCGGGACUGCGUGCGGUACCUGCUGGGCGGAGGGGCCGCGGUCGACUGCCUGAAGAAGGCCGACUGGACUCCUCUGAUGAUGGCUUGCACAAGGAGGAAUCUUGAGGUGGUCCAGGACCUCGUGGAGCACGGCGCCAAUCCACUCCUGAAGAACAAAGACGGCUGGAACAGUUUCCACAUUGCCAGCCGAGAAGGUGACCCUCUGAUCCUCCAGUACCUGCUCGCUGUAUGCCCAGCUGCCUGGAAGACAGAGAGCAAGAUCGGGAGAACCCCGCUGCACACAGCAGCAAUGCAUGGCUGUUCAGAGGCAGUAGAGAUGCUUCUUCAGAGGUGCCAGUAUGAACCGGACUGCAGAGACAAGUGUGGCCUCACACCCUUCAUGGAUGCCAUUCAGUGUGGACACAUCGACGUAGCCAGGCUGCUCCUUGAAAAACACAAGGCUUGCAUUUCUGCUGAGGACUCCCUGGGGGCCCAGGCCAUCCACCGGGCAGCAGUCACUGGGCAGGAUGAGGCCAUCCAAUUCCUGGUCUCUGAGCUUGGCAUCAACGUAGAUGUGCGAGCAGCCUCCACCCACCUCACAGCACUUCACUACGCAGCUAAGGAAGGACACAUAAGCACAAUCCAGACACUCUUAUCCUUGGGUGCCGACAUCAACGCCAAGGACGAAAGAAAUCGAUCAGGCUUUUCAUUGGCAUUGCAGUGGUUUAACUUUUGGCUUCAAAGCCUGCAAGGAAAUGCUGGGAUCUGUUUACAUAGACAUUUACAAGGAAUGGAAACGUUUCUAUAGUCUAAGCACUGCUACUUGAGCUAUAAUGUUUUAAUCUUGAGGUUAUUAUUUUUUUAAUGACAAGUUCUGUAUUGGCUCCCUUUGGAUAAUAAAGGCAUCUGAAAACGCAUUGAAGAUAUUUACAAAGCUUUUCCACGACCUCAUUUGAAAAAUGGGGUUUGUCCCACAGGUCACAUUUCCUGUCCCACCUGCCACCUGCCCACGGAAGCUUGUGGCUGUGGAGAAGUGAAACACUCGACAUUGUAACUUUGAAAAAUUUUGUAGCAACUUAAACAGAUUGAAGAAAGGAUGAGUCCUCAGGCAUUUGGAUUCUUUUCCUGUUUCUUUUCCUUUUCUUUUUUUCUUUAUAUGCAAAUAAUAAUUAUUAGUCCAAGUCAAUCUGUUAAAAAAGCAUUUGCAUCGAUCACAAGCAAGACCCAGUCCCCUCGUUCAGUGUCAUCUGGUAAGAACUCGUCACACGCCCUCACCCCUGUUCUCAGCAUCGUGCCAGGCUGGGCAAAUAGCAGGAAUGUCCAGUUCUCCGUUAUUCCCAGGUGGUGCUGGCUGAUUUUUAUCCCUAACAACCAGAUAAAUGUUCUGGUAGAAACACGACUGGAACCUCUGAAUCACACACUG